CCGCCUCCACAGCUUGGUCGAUCGAUCCGCCCCAGCCAGCGAUCCCGCUCCAACGCAAAAAUACAAAAUAGAUCUAUCAAUAUGCGAACUCUGACCUUCUAAAAUGCAAAAUGAAUUUACAAAAAUAGGAUAACCCCACUCUUGUAAAAAUAUGUGUAAAAUAGACUAUUGAUUUUUUUUUCCUACAAUGGGCGUCCACCAAAAACCACCUUUUUUCUCCCCAAUAGAAGCUUGGGUGUGUCAGGCGCGAAUGCGGGGUAGCAUAGGUCGUUACAGCUGGUACCUUCCACCUUAUAGUAACUAGCCAUGUUCUCACAAAUAAUCGAAAUUGACUCCGAUGGAGAUCUUCUUAUAGUCGUACCUUCCAAGUUAGCAUGGGAGACGGAAAACGUAGGAAGUUCCCCGAAGCUCGCUGAGGAACCACCGAAUCUCGAUGCUGGAAAUGGCUCGGUGACUAACCGACCACGCUCGCUAUCGUCGAUAGAUAUCGACGAGACCGCCGACGCGGCCGGAGACUUGCUGCAUGCGACGUUCAGAGUAUCUAUGAAGCACUUGACAAUGGCAUCAGAACGAGCGGGAAAAAUGUUUCAACUUGGGUUUUCUGAGUCUGAGCAAGACGAAUCGACCGGAUAUCGAAAAUGGACCUUUGACGCGAUAUUCGACAUAGAGGCUUUUAAAACCGUCCUCUUUAUCAUUCACGGACGCACGAAGAGCGUACCGGAACAUAUAACACUUCAAAUGCUGGCGGAGAUAUCAGCAGUUGUUGAUGAUUUACAAUGCGCUGACGCAGUAUGGUUUUGUGCCAAGAAAUGGCUUCGCGAACUAGACACCUCACCUAUGGAAGACUUAUCGAAGGAGCUGUUCGAGUGGAUUUUUAUCGCAUCUGUCUUCCAUGAAUCGGAAAUUUUUGAAAGGGCAACGCAUACAGCUGUACUCAAUACAACUGGUUCUAUUGAUGACUACGGCCUACCAAUUCUUCGCAAAAUCAUGGACGAUAUUGAGCAAGAUAGACAGGAUCUCCUUCAGUACUUACUUUCAAAGUUAGACGCAAAAGUAGCAGAGCUUCUGACUGCGCCGAGAGAUUGCCCAAAUGCGUGCACAGAAAUGCUCCUCGGAGCUCUUGUUCGGCAAAUGAACUCUAUUGGUAUCUUGAAUGUCUCCGGAAAUCGAGAUGUUGCUCUCGUUGGCCGCAGUCUGAAUUCCAUUAUAGAAGAGAUCAGCAGCUUUCAAUCGUCUACAAUCUUCGUGGAUUGCAACAGCAGUCAAGACCACUUCGACAUCUGGGAUAGGCGAAAUGAGAGAUCCAAUGGCUAUGGACACGACUGGGCAAGUAGAAAAAGCAACAAAAAGCAAUCGACCAAUAAAUUCGUCCCACGGAAUUUGCCCCAAAGUUUGGUAUAUCACGAUUGCUCUCUGAAAACCCAUAUUGAAGCUAUGCUACAAGAAGUGCGUUUCAGGAUUCGAGGACUGUCACUCAAGCGUUACGUUGAAUUGGAGAGAUAGAACUAGCAAAAUAGCCAGUUAUUACAGCCACGGAGCCUGUGAUAAAUUUAUUUACGUUGAGAAUUUGAAGCCAGGAAGCGUCCUGGUCGAGGACCAAGAACAUCAUGUGGAAGCACCAUCCUCCCCAGAUCUGCCGCGUGAGGCAAUUCAAGCGGCAGAUCUCGUUCGAAAAGAAAUACACGCUACAUCAAGUGAUGACAAUUAAGCGGCACUUUGCGAUGUUGGCAAUUUGAUUGUCAAGCGACAUCCCGAUUUUGACUCUCGGAUAUACGGCUUUCGUAAACUCAGUGAUUUGGUGGCCAAAAUAGGGCACUUUGAUCUUUCGACGAGGAGCAAUCAAAUGGUGAUUCUGGUUAAGCAAGAGUCGGUUUAAUGCAUAUAUAACCUAUGAAAUUGAGUUCUCGCAGUGCAAUUUACGCAUUAU